AUGACACCGGAAAAUGCAGUUUUACAUAAUUUACGCGAUUCGAUAAGCCGUAUUGUCGACAAUUUGCAUUUUACGAGCAUCGACGAAGCUGCGCAUGCCCGGCUCGUUGGUCUAGUCGCCGAUAAGCUGACGACGAUGGGUGACACGUGUCGAGCACUUCUGGAGAAUUCUGGAAGAACGGGAAUCGGCUUGAAUUCGGCGAUCGAUUUGAAAUAUUUAUUCAAAAUUCAUCAUGUCGAUUUGCGCAGCCUUCUGGAGUACACACAACAAGUUCGACCAUUUCCGCCGAAAAACUACGAAAUUCACGGAGACGAGUCUGCGGCGAUGCUGAAAUCGAAAAAAUUGAAAAACGAAAAUUUGAAAAAACCGGAAAAACCAAAAGUGAUUCGACAUCCCACACCGCCGAGUUAUAACAUUCCAAUCUACGAUAACAUGUCCCCUCACCAACUCGGCUACAACUCCGAAGUCGAUGCUGAAGCCACGCCCCUAAUUCCCGAUUUUCCAAAUUCCACAAAAAUUCCGUCGACACCACCAUCAGAAUCCCCUCAAAUUCAUCAUCUUCCACCGCCGCCACCACCUCCUCCGAUUCCUCCGAUUCCAUAUUUUCCAACGUCUUCUGAACGACUUUUCGAAGAAUUCAUCCCGAUUUUCGAUCCGAUAGUUCCACCGCCGCCAGUUUACACUGUUCCAGAACCUGUCGUUAAGCUCAAAAUAUUCAAAGCCGAUCCACCACUGAUUUACGAGCCAAAACACCAUGAUCGAGACGAUCGAAUCCCACAAAAAUGGCCGAAAUUCGAUAAAUAUCGUCUGCCAAAAUCGGAAAAACGGACUCAAAAACUGGAAAAAACGCCAUCAAAUGCAUCGAUUUCUGGUCCAAAAAUGACACGAAAACGAUUGAUGCAAACGAAUUACGAACGACGGCUGAGAAAUGAACAAAUGGCACGGGAAGAGAGAAAAAAAGAGAAACUGCUGGAAAAAUUGUAUCAGAAAAAGGAAAAAGAGAGGAAACAACGAGAGGAAAUGGAGAGAAAACAUCAGAGAGUCGAAGAGCCGCCCGUUCGAAAAUUCAAAGGAAGACUGCCGAGAUUGGUGUUGAAAGUGCCCAAGGAGACGUUGAAAGAGCUGAAAAAUGAUGAACCAAUCUCAUCGGGUCCACUUCUUCCAUUGUCGCCCAAGAAAGACGAAAAUCACAAUUUGAUGAUUUCAAAAUCUUCGAAACCUCAUCAUCGGAAUUCUGCCGCCACGUCAUCUGAAUUUAGAAAAGUGAAAACGGAGAAUAUUGGCGAUAGAGCGCCAUUGCUGAAGAUGAAAAUUUCAUUUAGAAAGUGUUAUGAGGGAGCAAUGAUAAUGAAAGUGGUAACCACUGAUUAUCAGAAGAUUUUCAAUGGAGCAUGGCAGCCGCUAGUUGGCACGUGGCAGAGCAGAAAUGGCGUUUACUCGAAAACGAAGCCACCAAAUGCAUAUAUAUUGUUUUCAGACGUUCUCCAAAUGAUGGGUCGUGCCGGCCGUCCGCAAUUCGACGAUUCAGCAGUCGCCGUGAUCUAUGUUCAAGACUCGAAAAAAACGUUCUACAAGAAAUUCCUCUACGAACCAUUCCCCGUCGAAUCCUCCCUUCUUCCAGUGCUUCCCAACCACGUAAAUGCUGAAAUUUCAGCCGGAACAAUUGAUUCAAAGCAGGGAAUUGUUGAGUAUCUAUCAGGAACCUAUCUCUAUCGAAGACUAUUUGCCAAUCCCAAUUAUUAUGGUCUAGAUGAAGAUUCCGAAGAAUCAAUGCUCAAAUUCAUUUCUCAAAUCGUCGAUGGCUCUGUUUCGGAGCUCCUCGAAUCGGAAUGUAUCCACGUGGAUUCGGAGAAUGACAUCAUCGGACCGACGGCGUUUGGUAGAAUCGCAUCGGUUUAUUAUUUGCAACACGAAACGAUUCGAUUCUUGGUGAAGACGUUGCAUUCGGGAUGUACUGUUGAACAGAUGUUGAAGGCGUUGACAGAUGUGCCGGAGUAUGCGGAGAUUCCGGUUCGACACAAUGAGGAUUUGAUUAAUACCGAGUUGCAGAACAACUCUCAAAUGCACCUCCCACAAUGGCCAAAACCCAAACAAGCCGGAUGGAUUAUCAUUGUCGGCCGUGAAUUCAACGAUCAAAUUCUGAAUACCACUACCGUCGUCGGGUCGCAUUCGACACGUUCAACGGCUAAAUUGGAUAUCAGAAUUCCAGCGAAUAGCUUAAAUUUGCGUAUUUCAAUGAUAAAAAUGUUCAGAGGAAAACAUUCGCUUUCCGUUUACAUUCUCAGCGAUUGCUAUCUGGGAAUCGACCAAGAGUACACACUUCGACUGGAUGUUUCUUAA